CCAUAGCUUUUCAAUUCUAUCCCAAAGAAAAGAGAAGCGAACUGAGUUUGAUCAAUCUCUGAUUUUCAGAAACAAAAAAAAUAUAAGAAUGGGUCUAUUGAAUGGUGUGAACAAUGAUGAGUACGUAAGGCUAUUAGGAGCAUGGCCUAGCCCUUUCGUGCUGAGGACUCGGAUCGCACUUAACCUAAAGCGUGUACCGUACGAGUAUCUCGAAGAAGAAGAUACUUUGAAUUCGGAGAGCGUGUUAAACUACAACCCCGUCCAUAAACAGAUCCCCAUCCUCAUCCAUGGAAACAAACCAAUCCGUGAAUCACUCAACAUCGUCAUGUACGUCGAUGAAACUUGGCUCUCCGGCCCUCCGAUACUUCCUUCUGAUCCCUUUGAUCGUGCCGUUGCUCGUUUUUGGGACGUCUACAUUGACGAACACUGUUUCACAUCAAUCAAUGGAGUGGCGGUAGCAAAGGACGAGGAGGAAAGAAAGAUGGCAAUAGCGAAGCUAGAGCAGUGUAUGGCUCUUUUGGAAGAAACGUUUCAAGAAUGCAGCAAAGGAAGAGGCUUCUUUGGUGGAGACAACAUAGGAUUCAUCGAUAUCGGUUUCGGGUCGAUGUUGGGUCCUCUUAAGGUUCUUGAGAAAUUUUCAGGCGUCAAGUUCAUACAUCCAGAGAACACGCCAGGUCUUUUCAAUUGGGCAGACAGAUUCUACGCCCAUGAAGCAGUCAAGCCUGUCAUGCCCGAUAUCGAAAAACUGGUCGAGUUCGCUAGGCUUAAGUUCAAUACUUCAAUCUUUAAAUAAAAACCAAAGGCUAUAAAAUUAAAUAUUUUGACGGACAUAUUAUCACAUGCUUCGAAUCAUCUAAAUCGGGGAAAAAAAUGUAUACUCAGUUAAUUUAAGGGCAUAGUCAAAAUGUUCUUUUGUUUUUUUCUUUCUUACUUUUUUUGGUAAUUUUUUUUCUUUCUUACUUCUUAUAUGUACGCAGAAAUAAUCGAUUGUGGCACGCAAGAAAGUGUAUGUUUUUGGA